AUGCCCCCUACAACACUCACUUGUUUCACAGUCUUUAUCGAUAUGACACGCCUUGGUGCGCUCUCUGUUUCUCUUUUGGCACUCAUGCCUAGCGCCUUUGCUGCAGGAAAGCGUGGUAUCGCUUGGCCGUGGUACAAUGAGGUUGCGGGUACUGGUAUGGACACCGCAAAACUAGCCAACCAGCAUAUACAGUGGAUUUACAAUUGGGAAACCUGGCGUCCCGCAAAGACGACUAAUCUCAACUGGAUUGGCAUGCAGCGAUGCAUGGACUGUGAAUCUUCUCCCAUCGCACAGCUCCAGACUCGCGCGGCACAACAAGGAUGGAACACCGUGUUGACACUCAACGAGCCCGACAUUAAUAAUAUUACUCCGGCAACGGCCGCCGCCUGGUACAUCCAAUACAUCAACCCCUUGCCUAUCAAGAAGGCAAUUCCAUCAGUUACAUCCAGUAACCUCCCUGGACAAGGUCUCCAAUGGGCUGCCCAGUUUAUCUCAGCCUGUGCUGGCAGAUGCUUCUAUGACUAUGUUAACGUACACUGGUAUGGAGGAUCCUUUGCCGACUUUAAGGGCUUUAUCGAGCAGGCCCACACUAUGUUCCCGGAUAAGGAAAUUAUUGUCACUGAGUUCGCCCUUCAAGCACCUGCUGACCGUGAACAACAAGUUACAUUCUUGAUCCAAGCCAUGGCGUUCCUGGAUGCCGCUUCUUAUGUGCCUUAUUACUCUGCAUUUGUCGCGACUUCCCCCGCUCUCUUUGCAGCGAAUGAUCCUGCUGGUGCGGCAUACGUUGGGCUUGAGUCGACACUAUUCAACAACGAUGGAAGCUUGACUCAUUCUGGAUUAGUCUAUACUGGCGCUGUGUAA